AGACCAGGCAGGCCAAGUGGUGAGGAACCAGAGACCACUAAGAGGACACCAGGCAGACCAGGUGAUGAUAUAACCUACAUAGACACUGAAGACUUGAGCGUUCGUAAAUCAUACAUAUCUUCCACAACAGUUGAAAUGACAUCAAACAUAUCAAGAUCGUUGGUGACGGAGUCAACGGAACUUGAAGAAGUCUAUUACUACGAUAGUGUAGAGUAUACAAGUAGCAGCAGUACUGAGGAAUCCUCAACGAGCGAUUCCGAUGUGAGUGACGAACAAAAGAGGAAGAAGAAGAAGCCUAAGAAGAAAAGAGUGCCCGAAAUUGAAGAAACAGGUGUGCGUGAGACGAUGAUCAUCAAGACGGAACAGGACUCACAAAGAAAAAUGAGAGCAAAGAUGCAGAAAGAUGCACCUGAGAUCCGUAUCAGGAGGAAACCUGGAGAUAAGCCACAAACAACAGAGAAAACUGGAGAAGAGCCAGAAGUCAUGAAAAGAAUACAACGACCUAGUGAACAAGAACCAAACAAAGCAAAGAGUGAACCAGGCAGGCCAGAAUACUUUGAGCCUAAGAACCUCAAGGGAAGCCUAGAGAUCUUGAGCCAAAAUCCGUUUCAGACCAGUCUAAAAAAAUAAAUAAAAGACCAGAUGAUAGAAAAGACGGAAGUAAACCACAUGACGAACCGUCACUCACCAAGAAAAUAAGUGUCAGACCUGAAGACGAAAAAGAGACAAUGAGAAGGAAGCCAAGCAAGCCAGGUGAGGACCCAGAAAUACGUAAAAGGAGUCCAAGAAGGCCAGGUGAAGAACCAGAAGAAAUAAAGAGGAAACCAGGUAAGCCACAUGAAGAGGAACCAGACACAAUAAAGAGGAGACCAGGCAGGCCAAGUGAAGAGGAACCAGAUACAAUAAAGAAGAGACCAGGCAGGCCAAGUGAAGAGGAACCAGAUACAAUAAAGAGGAGACCAGGCAGGCCAGGUGAAGAGGAACCAGAGCAAAUAAAGAGGAGACCAGGCAGACCAGGUGAAGAGGAACAAGAGACAAUAAAGAGGAGACCAGUCAGGCCAGGUGAAGAGGAACCAGAGACAAUAAAAAGGAGACCAGGCAGACCAGGUGAAGAGGAACCAGACAAAAUAAAGAGGAGACCAGGUGAUGAACCAGAGACAAUAAAGAGGAGACCAGGUGAUGAACCAGAAACAAUAAAGAGGAGGCCAGGUGAUGAACCAGAAACAAUAAAGAGAAGGCCAGGUGAUAGACCAGAAACAGUAAAGAGGAGGCCAGGUGAUGAACCAGAAACAAUAAAGAGGAGGCCAGGUGAUAGACCAGAAACAGUAAAGAGGAGGCCAGGUGAUGAACCAGAAACAAUAAAGAGGAGGCCAAGUGAUGAACCAGAAACAAUAAAGAGGAGACCAGGUGAUGAACCAGAAACAAUAAAGAAGAGACCAGGUGAUGAGCCAGAGACAAUAAAGAGGAGACCAGGCAGGCCAGGUGAAGAGCCAGAGAAAAUAAAGAGGAGACCAGGAGAUAAACCAGACACAAUAAAGAGAAGACCAGGUUAUGAACCAGAGACUACUAAGAGGAAACCAGGUGAGGAACCAAAAGAAAUAAAGAGGAGACCAGGCAGGCCAGGUGAUGUACCAGAAGAAAUAAAGAGGAGACCAGGCAGGCCAGGUGAUGAACCAGAAGAAAUAAAGAGGAGACCAGGCAGGCCAGGUGAUGAACCAGAAGAGAUAAAGAGGAGACCAGGCAGGCCAGGUGAUGAACCAGAGGAAAUAAAGAGGAGACCAGGUAGGCCAGGUGAUGAACCAGAGACUAUUAAGAGGAGACCAGGUGAUGUACCAGAAGAAAUAAAGAGGAGACCAGGCAGGCCAGGUGAUGAACCAGAGGAAAUAAAGAGGAGACCAGGCAGGCCAGGUGAUGAACCAGAGACAAUAAAGAGGAGACCAGGUGAUGUACCAGAAAAAAUAAAGAGGAGACCAGGCAGGCCAGGUGAUGAACCAGAGGAAAUAAAGAGGAGACCAGGCAGGCCAGGUGAUGAACCAGAGAAAAUAAAGAGGAGACCAGGAGAUGAACCAGAGGAAGUAAAGAGGAGACCAGGCAGGCCAAGUGAUGAACCAGAGACAAUAAAGAGGAGACCAGGUGAUGAACCAGAAGAAAUAAAGAGGAGACCAGAUGAACCAGAGGAAAUAAAGAAAAGACCAGGCAGGCCAGGUGAUGGACCAGAGACCAAUAAGAGGAGACCAGGUGAUGAACCAGAAGAAAUAAAGUGAAGACCAGGUAGGCCAGGUGAUGGAACUAGA